AUGGCAACGACGAUGGGUACCAGCAACGACCACUUCCUCGGCGUCGACGUCGGCACGGGGAGCGUCCGGGUCUGUAUCAUUGAUGGAACUGGGGAAAUCAAAGGUCUUGAAUCGAAGGACAUCAAGACUUGGCAUGAGAAGGCAGAUUAUUACGAGCAAUCCACGGAGGACAUCUGGAGCGCGAUAUGCUACUGUAGUAGGCUAGUAUUGGAGAAAUCCGGGCUUGACGGGGCGAGCGUUAAGGGUGUGGGAUUCGACGCUACAUGUUCGCUCGCCAUGGGAAGAGGAAUGUUAUUUGUUUGUGUCCUCCUUCGCCCAGAGAAAGAGACCAAAGCGGUUAACGCGACAAAUCAUAAGCUCCUCCAAUAUGUCGGUGGUUCGAUGUCUAUCGAGAUGGAGAUCCCGAAAGUCCUCUGGUUGAAGAAUAACAUGCCCAAGGAACUGUUCAACAAAUGCAAGUUCUAUGACCUGGCGGACGUUCUCACGCAUAUGGCCACGGGGAAGGAAACGAGAUCCUACUGUAGCGCUGUGUGCAAGCAGGGGUUUGUCCCCGUGGGCGUGGAUGGGAGUGUUAAGGGUUGGCAGGAGGACUUCCUGAACGAUAUUGGAUUACCCGAGUUGGCGGAGAAUGGUUUUAUGAGGAUGGGGGGUGUGCAUGGAGCUAGCGGGACGAUGCUAUCCGCCGGCGAGUUGGUUGGGGGGCUCAGUGAGAAGGCGGCGAAGGAGCUUGGACUCGUUGCUGGGAUCAAGAUUGGCAGCGGGGUUAUCGAUGCCUACGCGGGAUGGAUUGGAACCGUCGGGGCUAAAAUGGAGAUGCCGCAGAACCUGCUGUCCGGGGGUCAUGCGGGGAGUCUCGAACAGGCUUUCCGCAGACUUGCGGCGGUUGCGGGAACCAGUACCUGUCAUUUAGUCAUGUCGAGGGAUCCGAUUUUUGUUCCGGGGGUUUGGGGCCCAUACCGUGACGUCUUGCUACCCGGUUACUGGAUGGCGGAAGGCGGACAAUCGUCCACUGGAAGUCUUCUACAUAAUGUUUUGACAACACACCCCUCCUACAAUGAUGCCCUGGAGAAGUCCAACGAGCUCUCGAAAAACAUAUUCGAAUAUCUCAACGAGCACCUGGAGACCCUACGGAAAUCCGAAUGCGCUCCCGCAAUUGGAUACCUCGCCCGCCACCUCUUCUUCUACGGCGACAAGCACGGCAACCGCUCCCCGAUAGCCGACGCGGCCAUGCGCGGCGCAAUCGUAGGUCUAAGCAUGGACUCGAGCAUCAAUGACCUCGCACUCCAAUACUUUGCAGCAAUGGAAUUCAUCGCCCAGCAAACACGCCACAUCAUCGACACGUUGAACAGCCGGGGUCACGAAAUCACAAGCAUCUUCAUGAGUGGCGGGCAAUGCAAGAACGACAUCCUCAUGCAUCUGAUCGCCGACGCAACUGGAUACCCAGUCGUGAUCCCCAGGUACAUCGACGCAGCAGUCGUCCUGGGAGCCGCAAUGUUGGGCGCUAAAGCUGCGAGCGUCGACAGUGAGGGGAAUACCGAGAGUUUGUGGGCUAUCAUGGAUAGGAUGAGUAAGCCCGGGAGGACGAUUUACCCGACUGAGAAUGCCAACGAGAGAAAGUUGCUUGGAGCUAAGUAUGAGGUCUUUUUGCACAUGUCGAAGGCUCAGCAGACCUAUAGGGAUAUGGUCAACGCUGCUAUCGGGGAUUGGAAGGCUUAGUUUGGUGGGGCUUGCUUGGCUCGGAACGUACACUAUAGACUUCAUAAUAUCGUGUGUGUGCUGUGGAUAGUCCCCGUCAUACUUUGGUGGUGGUGGUGGUGGUGUUGGGAUUUUUGAUGCUUCCAUGUUUUGUAAUGUCAGCAAACUAGCCUCUAUGGGCUUUCAUUUAGAUGUAGGAGAAACAGUAUUCAAUUGGUCGGCCUUU